AUGGCUUUAUUUGAUGCACCGUCACUCUUUAUUCUCAAAACUGUCAUGGCACUUGCAACAUCAUCAUCUAAUUCAACCUUUGGAGAUUUAGACCUCCGAUACAUGCCAGCCUAUUCGUGGUGUUCCGAGAGCAAACAAUGGAGAGAUGCAUCAGUAGCAGACUCUUCCAUUUUCCAACCAGUUUAUUGGAAUGAAACUCAAGAAUUAAAGUGUGCCACAUUUAAUGUUUUAUUCGACAUUUAUCAAAAUAAUAUUGUGCAGAGCGAUAUACGAUAUGCAGUUCAAAUAAGAAUGCUUGAGAAAUUACAACUCGAUGUGCUGUCUUUGAAUGAAAUGACACCACCCUAUCUUGUGAAAUUCAUGAAUGAGAAAUGGGUUCAAGACAAUUAUUACAUUUCUGAGACUGAAACUGGAGAAAAGAAAGAAUCAGGUCAUUCAACAAUUGUACCGUAUGGCAACUUGUUAAUGUUAUCCAAACACAAGUUUAAUAAUGUUAAAUUUUUAAAAUACAAAUUUUCAAACCCUAGUACAUUCUCGAGGAGAGCAGUUCUUUCAUUAGCGACGCUUAAAACAAGCUCUGGACAAGAUAUUAAUAUUUGUUUUGGAUCUGUACAUUUAAAAGCAAAAAAGGAAUGUUUUGAUACCCGAAAAAAACAAUGCCAAGAGUUGUACACAAUUGCCAAAUAUUUAAUAGAGAAGAAUUUUUGUAAAGAAUUAAUUUAUUUGGGAGAUUGGAAUUUAAACAUGCCUUUCGAAACUCACUUCAUUUCACACAAUAAGGAAUUUACUGAUCUAUGGUUGAAACAUUACGAUAUUGAAAAGGAAGAAGAAAAAGGAUUUACGAUGGAUGCUACCCUCAAUCCCAUGAUUGAGAAAAUGAAUCCAGGCGACACGGGAAAACGGCUUCGCCUCGACAGAGUUGUUCAAUGGAAUUCCAACAACGAAUCAAUUCUCAAGUGCAGCUCAAUCAAACUCUUUGCUACAAAUUCCGUAAAGAAACUCCUUCGAAACAAACUUUUAUUUACAGAGGAAGAAGCUAAAAACCAUCUCAUUCUUUCAAAAGAUUAUCUGUAUUGUAGUGAUCAUUUUGGAAUUUACUUUACUCUUCGAGUCUAA